GGGUUCAAUUCCCAAAUAGACCGCGCCGCCAUACGUAGGACUGACUAUCCUGCUAUGGGGAGAAAUCAAUUAGUCACUGAAAGCCAAGCCCACAAGUGGGUACAGGCAGGCUUUGACCGACAUCGGUUGUUGAGCCAAAGAAGAAGAAGAAUUAAAAUUUGAGGAUGUUCGGGAUUUGAAACAAACGUAAUAUGAAACAUGAGUUUGACAUGAACAUGAAACAUGAACUUCACGAUUCUAGUCAGCUUUUUUAUAUGGAGUUAGACAGUUGGAGGCUGAAAUCAUGUCAACACUCCAUACAAAACCACACACAUUCUAGCCUCAAAGCUAGAAUUAGAUUCGACCACCUGCUCGCAAAAAUGGCAAAACAAGGUGGUGUUUUUAUUUAUUCCAAGGUGCAUUAAAAAGAUCAGGUGGUGGAAUCUAGAAUAAAUGUGUAUGUAGACUAGGUGGUCUCAUAGCAUGUGUUUAUAUCUAAAUUUGAACGUCAUUUUUCGAGAAUGUUUGUGGUUUACAUUGCUAGUGGUUAGUUAUUUAUAGAGAUAGGGCUACAAAACCAUACUUAUGUCUCCCAGUAAAUUUGGUAAAUCGCGUUAAAAAAAACUAACAAUCAAUUAUAUUGUGUAAUGGCAUGCUUGGAGAAUGAUAUUUUGAUACUUUCAGGACAAGUAAGGUUGAACAAUUAAACGCUGCGGCACAGGGCGUAGACAAAUGGCAGCUUACAGUAUAGUUCAACAUGUCAACGCCUAACUUCCGAACAAUACUAUAUCUCGCUGAAAAAGUCAAUUAUAUGCCUGAUCCAAACUUCAACUCGCUGAACAUGUCAACAAUAUUAUCUAAACCCCUGUAAUAACGUAUUGUUGCCGGUUUGAGUUGACAUCUAAUUUGCUUUCCACAGUAAUUUUACUCGCUCCGUUCUCUCAGAAUGCAUCAUACUCUCUUUACUAUGUUAUUUUGCUCUCUUAUCGAUUUUGUUGCUCACUCGUACAAUAUUGAAACUCCCAACACAGACGUAGUCAAAGCAUGCUCUAACAAAACAUAAACGAUGCGGUGAUUUAUUACAUACCUUGAUUAUGUAGUUUGGUUUGACAAACCAGCACUUGUUUUGGGACAAUCAACAAAUCGUGAAUUUGACAGUGUUCGUCUUUACGUACCUUUACCUACAUGUUAUAAAACAAAUAAAGUAUUAGUCGAUUCCGGACAAUUAAGACUCUUUAUGUGUAUGGAACUAAAACCAUUACCAUGAGGUUCUUUCAUGAACCAUUAGGUUUUUUCAUGCGUUACCGAGGCAUCCGCGUAGACCUCGAAUAUCCGCAUGAAUUGUAUUAACAAAAUAUUUCAGUUGUAUAGUUGGAUGACACAGAUUGCCUGUUGAAUAUUCACAAGCUAGACAUAAUGCUACUCAGUUGGGCGUACGAUGGCGUAAACGGGUCUGUGCCUCGGAAUACUGGUCCAGAAUGUGCUGAUUACUUAUCACCUGUUCGUAAACUGGUAGAAACAAUGGUGAUAAUACCGUUGUGUCUAAUAGCUAUCAAGUGCGCCGUGAGCCGACUAAAACCGAUCGCAUACCAGCAGAUGGAUCGCUUUUCCGGUAGUCCAUUUAGUGGUAAUAGAACACUUAGCACCAGCAAUUAUAAUCUCAAUAAUUUAAACUAUCAACGGAAUAUGGUUGAACAAGAACCGCGAGAUUUACUUAUGCCACAUCAUCGAGAACGUUCAUUCUCUUCAGCAUCAAUUGCUAGUGGCAUUGUAGAAGAUAUUCAUUGUCAGCGAUGCUUGCAUCCAAGUGCUACGCCAGUUCGAGGAAUGGCAUUUCCUGUUGACUUUUCUGUUCCUAGUUGGGGUAAACAAUUUCUUCUUGUUACUAUGACAUUAACGUUAGGUGUUGAGCUUGGAUUUAAAUUUGCAACGAGAACUGUUAUUUACAUUUUAAAUCCGUGCCAUAUUACCACCAUAAUGCAGAUAUAUCUAUUAGCCUGUAACAAAUCAACCAAAAGCAGUACCGUACUUUUUCGACUACAGAUGAACUAUUUGAAUGGUCCAUUACUGGCCUUCAUGUUUCCAGAAACUGAUAGCCGCCAGCUACCACUUGAAUCAUCAAUCUACUGGAUUCAACACGCACUCAUGUGUAUUAUACCUAUAUUCUUAUUAAAAAGUGGAGGAGUCUAUAAUAUGGAACCUCUAAAUGAUUUCACUUGGAACGUUAUUGGUUACGCUACUUUGAUACUCUAUCAUUUUGGAAUCCUGCAAGUUAUAGCAUCUCCCGUACAAGUAAAUCUGAACCACAUGCUUUGUCCAGCACUGAAAGAUCCUUUCGAAGGCUCCAACUACCGUGUAUAUGCUGUGUUCCAUGAGGCAAUCCUAUGCACACUACUUUGCAAAAUAAUCACUUUUCUGUUCAGUCCGCUGCCUUCGCCAAUUAUAAAUCGUCCACCGUUCAUCAAAAACGGAAAACCAACCGACGUUUCUACAGUAAUUUCUGCUGCUGCUAUGAGUACGUCUACAUCGCUUCCUCCACAUCUUAUUACAUCAUCUCGCCCAUCUUCAAGAUCGUCAUCACCAGCGAAAGCAUCAACUAUUUUGCAGGAGAAUAAUAUUAUUAUAAAAACUAGUAAAAUUGACUAGGACAGUUUUAGUCUAUUUCAAAUUCUUUGUUGCAUACUCGGGCUUAAGAUAAUGGUCUACAAUAGUUGAGAAAAUUUCACGUCCAGUAUCUAUAUACAUAAAGGCUGUUCAUAGAUAAAAAUAAUUACAAUUUUAAUCUAUUAUCUUUCCCAUGCUAGGAAAAAGCAUGGAAUAGUAUGAUAUAAAAUAUAAUUUUUGUAUUUUUUUUGUUUUCAAUGUGCGAAGUUUAUCCCACAUUCGGUACGUAUCGUUUUAUAAAUUCUAAUUAUAGAGGGGUUUACGAUUCAAGUCAUGUUUUUAUAAGGAGUUUUACACUUGGCGGCUGAAAUAAUUUCAACACUUACUAUAAAACCAUAUAGCAUCAGAUUUUCAGUCUUGAUUAUUUCAGCCUUAAAAAUAUGUAAAAAAGACUCACUGCAGACUCAUGCUCAUAAAUGAUUGAAUUCUUUCAUGUGAAAUAUAGAUAAUUAAUUAAUAAUUAUUAAAAACUAUUUGAUUCGAUAUUUUUUUGAUUUAUAAGUUCUAGAGUAUGUUCCAGAGAUACAAGGUUUUUGUGUACCCGAGGCAUCUGCGUAUCUCGAAUAUCACGUUUUUCAACCAAAAUGCACAUAAUAAAUGAUUAUUUUUUGUUAAAUUUGAUACUUGUAUACAUUUUAUCAUUUUAUUAAAAUGAUUUGUGCAACAAAAUAAAGAUAUUCAGACAAAUACUUAAAAUGCGGAAAGCAAAAAUACAAUUUAUUUUGUAUUUCACAAUUUUUCAACAAAACAAAAAACAACAAACAUUGUUUUGAUUUGAGAUAUAAAUGGUCAAAUUAAAAAAAACCGCGUGUCUUGGAAUCUGCGUGUGUCGAGAACCGCGCCACUCGGAAUCAGACUGUUCAACCUAUUUCAAACAGAAAUAAAGAAAACCAAACGUUUUUAACACUCUGAGUGCCAUGGCUAUCACAUAUGAUAGCCAGUUUUGUUUCCUGGGGUGCCAUGUCUAUCAUGUAUGAUAACCAGGGAUGACUGACUUCAAAUCUUAAUAUCUUGUUACAGAUUGGGGGUAUUGUCAUGAAUUUUAGCAAAAAAAGAUCAACUAAAUGAUACAUAAUUUUGCAAUUUAUACGGUGUUUGUAAUUUUUAUUAUAUUUAUUUUUAUAUAAUAAUUCUUAACCAUAUAUACCCAACUAUAACCAUAAAUAGUCAAAAUAAAAGAAUAUAAAUGCAAAAUAACAAUUCCUUUGAUUAAUAUAGUGUAGCCACAUAUAUUUUAGUUAUAAUGUGAGUUUUAAAAACAUCUGAUAUACAGCAGAUAUUAUUUAAAUUAUUAUUUAAAUGACAACAUACGUUAGUUACAUGAUCCUCAUUCAAUGAAGCAUCUUGUUGAGAACAAAUCUAUACAUAAAUUUUAACUGUUGUUUUGCCAAUAUAAUUAUCAAGACCAUGUAAAGCAAUAAAAAAACGUCAAGAAAUCAACCAAAAUAGUAUUUAAAAUCAUUAUUUUAACAAUUUUUUAGUUUGUUUACAUUCAGUAAUACUUCCCUGGGGGCUAUGGGUAUAAUAUAUGAUAGCCAUCAAUAAUGUAAACAAAAAGUGCUUAGCCCCCAGGGAAACAUAAACAAAAAUGAUCUGGCACUCACAGUGUUAACAUGCAUCUUUGUUUGUUUACAAAUGGGGAAAUACAAUAUAGCGGAACGUAACUGUCAAAUGGAAAUAUUGUUCACCGCCAGGCUACAAUUUCAGCUUUCUGGCUUAAAUUUUAGGCUGAUUAAGGAGAUCAGAUGAUGGAACAUAGAGCAUUUUGACAUAAGGUCCCCGGGAUUCAAAACAGUGUUUAAUUUUUUUAAAUUGUAGAUGGAUUUUAUCAAACAUGUUUUGUGAAUUACUGUACACUAAUAAUGAUUAAACAUAUUUUGGGCCUUGCAAGUUCUUAUUUAACACUAAAAUAGAGAUUGAGGAGUAAAUAAAAUGAGUGAUAUUUCGUGAAUUUAAUGUAUAAUUCACUGUGUUAACGAAAUAUUCAAGGAUGACAAUUAAAUAAUCGUUUAUAUUACUUUUUCUACAUUCAAUUAUCAUUAUCUACGAGACGCAUAGACGAUUCAAGUGAAAUAGGUAAUUUUACUUACUUGAAUUUAGAUUUCGUAACUACACAAAUUCUCAACAAUAUUGUUAAUUUGACUCAUUUUCCCGAUAACAUCAAUAAACAUGCAAAAUUGCACUUAAGUACUAAAAAUUAUGUUCUAUUUGCUAUGCUGCAUUAACGGAAUCUAAUAAUUAAUAAUUUUCAAAUGACAUGAGAUUCCUCAAUUAUGGCAAUCCCUAAAGACGCUUUUCCAUCACCAGAUCUCUUUAAUGCACCUUGUUUUAACGGUAGAAAGGUAUGUCUAGCCUAAAAAGAAUUUCUGGAAAGCAAUCAUGCGUUUAAAAAACAACAAAACAUAAAAAUUGGAUUUAGGUCAGCCACCAAGUUACAAAAAACUAUCUACUCAGAGAAUAAUUCAAGCAUUGAUAAUGAUCUGGAAUGUAAAGCAUAGGAAGUCCCCGAGAAAAGCAGUAGUUGUUAUACGCGAAUUCGGAGAUACGCGGAUUUCUAAAUUUUAUAGUUUUUUAGCUACUUGUACUUGUACUACUUGUACUACUUGAUUUGACACAUACAUUGCAAAAUAAAUGCAAAAUAAACUUCCUUUUGGUAGAAUUUUAUAAAAAGAAGUUAUGAGCUUUAAAUUUUCAAUCGUAAUUCUAUCAAAUAAUUGAACCAGAAAAACCAUUCAUAUAACCAUUCAUAACCCGAAGCAGUGAAACUACGACAUACGCGGAAAUUUUAAAUACGAUUUUUCUUUUCAGUCUGCAUUAACGCUAGGUUUACGGGGGUUUCCUAUCUCCUAUCUCUAUGAACACUUCCUUUAAAUAAAAUCGAUGACGGUUGGAUAAGAAUACGUAUUUAGAUAACUUAAUAUAAUAGGAAAACAAUCUAUCAAAAUUAUGUGUCGCUUACCAAUCGUGGUUUCCAUAGAAAUUAAUCUGCUUAUUGCCAAUUACGAAAUGUAAUUGUGAUAGUCGUUAUUGUUUCACCAACAUAUGAUGUGAUAAUGAUUAUGUUACAAAUUUGCUAAAUGUAUAUUCACACAUAUACAUUUAAAAACUAACUUAAAAUUAAAUUGAACUAGUGAUAUUAUGGCUGGAAAACACGAGAUUCGACUUACGCGGAGAUUCGAGAUACGAGGGAUCUUGCAACUGUUUUUGGUUCCUAGUAGUGGUGUUUCUUGAACUUCGAUUCACUGUCAACUAUUGAAUAUGUGCUUUUUAGUUGGCACUUUUUUUCCCACGGUCCGUGAAAGAGAAAAAGUCGAGGAGUUUAGAACGAAUAGACAGAAAGUGAAAAAUUUGACAGUUAAGUCUAACAUUAGCCGCUAUCGCGAAAGAAAUGGUUUGAAAUUAACAGUUGUUACAAAUUAACCACAGUCAUUAAAAAUUCCUAGAAUUUGGCAUCGCUAACGCGUUGAGUUCAUUUGUUAAUUUUAACUGAUCGUUAGACAGUCGUUAAACCUAUGCCGUCGUUAAACAAACGACUGUCAAGAACGUAUGUGAUACAAAUUAACAGUCGUUUAAUUAUACUAGCUGGUAUCGCGAAAGAAUUGGUUUAAAAUUAACAGUCGUUAAAAAUUAACCAGAGUCGUUAAAAAUUGCUAGAAUUUGGCAUCGCGAACGCAUUGAGUUCAUUUGUUAAUUUUAACGACUGGUCCUAUGCUGUCGUUAAACAAACGACUGUCAAGAGCGUAUGCGAUACAAAUUAACAGUCGUUUAAUUAUACUGCUCGAAUUUUUUACCCGUGUUUGCCUAUAAGCGAUAUCGAGCAGUCGAUAACUGUUUUGACGGUCGUUUAUUUUAACAGGAAUGAACAACAAAUGAACUCGGUUAAACCAAAAUGAACUUUAAACGACUGUUAAAAUGUGUUCAUUUAUUCGCGAUGCCGGCUACUGUUCGAUGUUUUCCCCGUGUUUACCUAUAUGCGAUACCGAGCAGUCGUUAUCUGUUUUGACGAUCGUUUAUUUUAACAGGAAUGAACCACAAAUGAACUCGGUUAAAGUAUAAUGAACUUUAAACGACUGUUAAAAUGUGUUCAUUUAUUUGCGAUGCCGAAUAUUGUUUUUUUUUGCUAUUCCAGACAUUUGUUUUGCUCCUAAUUGUAAAAAUUCUUUGUUCUAUGGCUGAUUUUAUUCAAGGUUCUCAUUUAUUAUUUGUCGCCGGGUUAUAAGCAAAGGAAGGUAUGCAUAUUGCACCAGUGUGUGCCGGUUGGAUGUUUCAUUUUACUCUCAGUGUGUAAUUGAAAGUAAAUAGGAGUCGAGAGAGAAAGAGGAACUGGGAACUACUCGGUGAAAUAACUCAAGAGCUCAUGAUUAGAGUAUUGCCGUUCGAUAGAUUGAUAAAACCAGUCUUUAGAAUAAAUUACAAUAAGGUAAAACAAUUAAUCAAGCUAAUCAGCAAUUACGUGAUUGGAAUAAUUAAAAAUUAAAGCCACCUGCAUAUAGACAAACAAGGUUUAAAGCAGAUACUAAAUUUAGUUUAAAAGUAAAGUAGGUUAUAUUUAAGAGAAUGAUGAAAAAAAAACUGUAUUAAUUGAUUUUUAUCUAAAAAAUAGGACUUCUUUUACCCAGUUGCAGAAUGUUCUGUGCUGUUUUAUGCCAGCUAUUCUUUUCGUUCUUCCAACAAGGCCGUUGCAUACGGUAGUGGUUCGUGGUCACGGAAUGGCAAACAAUCAAAAAGUUAUCAAAUAGUUCUGAAUAUAGAGUAUGCUGUAAUUACUUCUUAUUCUCCAAAAGUGAUUGACCGCAAAAAAAAAAAAUUAACCAAUGUAAGCUUCCUAAUAUCUUAAUCCUAAUGACCACUUUUCCGCAUAAGGUAAUGGUCAGAAGCCGAUUGUGCCACAUGCGGCAAGAAAAGAGUUUUCUCAAUUUUCUAGCUUUUCAAGGUAUUAUAAUGAUAUUUUGUUGUUUCUUUAUAAAAAUAAUCAUUAUUUGAUAUGAUUUGACAUGUGAAAUAAAAUCGCAUGCGACAGAUUCGCAAGUGCUGUCAUUAACGUCAAAUCCCAUACAUAAAGCUUGCGGCAAAAUCGCAUGCGGCGAGGUUCUGACCGCUGCCUAAACCAGUAACCGUUUGUUUGUAAACACUUUUUUCAUGAAACUAACAAAAGCGAGCUGAAAAUAUCAUCCUAGGCUUGGCAUCAACCUUUUCUCCUUAAUAGAUCCCAUCAAACAUUGCGAGGGUUGCGAGUAGUAUCUUAUGAUAUUUUAAAUAAUAUUAAUUUUUUAUUCAUAAAUUAUUUUUUUGUGGUUUUAUUUGGCGAAAAGAUCACUAUUUCAAUUUUUGUGGAUUUUUUCAAAAAAAAAUGGUAAAAAUCCAGGUGUUUAGUAUGCUACAAAUCGCACUGUUAUACCUGCUCUCGGGGUGCUAUAGUUAUAACUGCUAAAACUAGGGGCGAAAAAACUGCCUAGGCUCGCAAGCUCUUUAAUGCGAGGGCUCUGGUGCUGUGAACUUGUAUGGCGUGUGAGCCCUCGCGCGCCCUCGAAAAUUGCUGUCAAUUGCACGGUGGGAUCUUUCGUUUUUCCAUCCAAAAAAAAAAAAUCAAAAAUUUUGCACUUACAACAAUUUUUUUUCUACAAUUUUGUGUUUUUUUAAACUGGUGUUUUUUCCAUAAAAAUGCAUGCCAACUAAAAAGCGUUGAACUAUUGAAUUCUGUCUGUACAUAUUUCAGGAGAUUUGAAGAUUAGCACAGGAUUGAAUUCAAUCAUGGAAUUCGAAUCAAUUAAAUAAUAACUCAUUUUUAUUAUUAAUGCACUUCAAAAAAUAAUAAAAGAUAAAAUCAACCAGUUUCUUUCGAAAUAAUAAAAUCAUAACUUAUUAUUAAAAGAAAAGAAUAAGAAUGCUUUCGCCUUCAAUUUAUUAGCCACUUUGUGAUACAAAUGUGCUAGAAGGUAUAGUAAGUUUUUUCUUGUUUUUAUUAUUUUAUUAUUCUUAAUCUACUAUAAAAAAUCUAUAGCUUAUAAUAAACGUAAAUCAGCAGAUCUUUUGUAUAUUUCUAAGAAAAAAUAUGCUAACACAGGUGGUAUAACACGCCUGCAUGAAUUUUGCAACAUAAAGGUGCCCUCCCUUAACAAGUACCUCCUUAACAAAGCGUUCGUCUUAGAGCGAAAGGUGCAUUUGAGAGCGCUGAAGAGAAUAAUACUCGCAAAACAGGGCGAUGUGACAAGCAUUACAUUUUCAUAGCCAAAAGCAAGCAACUUCAAUAAAAACAGUGUAAAAAGAAGUCACGCGGUAUUUUUCAGUGUCAAUAUUGUGUUUACUGACCAGUAGCUCUGUAAAAAAAUUGUUACAUUUUUUGGUAUUUAAAAUUAAAUCCAAUAAAUAGUUGUUCAUAAAAUCGACGCGAAAACCUGGCUAUCUCUCGAAUUGUUUUCAAAUUUUAUUCGUAUGCAAUGUGGGCGUGAUUAAUGAAUCAGUUUAACUUAUUUGAAACAUAUUUGAAUCAAACGCAAAACUUAUUCAAUAUAUUAAUUCUAAGCAGUCACUGAAUUGCUCACAAACAACAAUCGGCCUGAUACCAGACAAUAUUACCAUAAAGACAUCUCGCGAAUACACUCAUCGCUCUUUUAAUAAAUUUGCGGGUUCACCUUAUAAACAGCGGGUAAACAUAGUCCAAUCAGUUUCCUAUUUGAUUAAAUUUUGUAAUCCAUUGCAGUUGGAUAAGUAAUUAUGCUAGGAUAAAAUUUAAUUGUUGUACAUCAAAAUAUAGAGCAAUUUGAAAAAUUGUUGCACACUUAAAGAAACAGCCAACAAAUUUCCUUUGUUUGAAAUGGAUAAAACCACUUUGUUUAUGUUAUGUGUGUCUUGUAUGCAUCAGUAUGGUUUGAAAAAUAAUAUGUAUACUUUAUUUGAAGGUUACAAAUUAUAAAUAAAGACAGACAUAUUGAUUUUUAAACCUA